AACGUGGCCAGGCCGCCGUGAAGUCGCCGCCGCUUCCUCCGGCUCCACCUCACUCUUCCAAGUUCCGAAAGUCGCCGCAACUCUGACCCGAGACCUCGCCGCGUCCGCCCAUUUCAACUCGCAAUCCCAGCCAGCCUCCAUCGCCCGCGCCGCCGGCAGCUCCGCCCGGCCCCUAAAUCCCAUCGGCGGCACCGCUAGAUGCGAGAGUGAUCGCCUCGCGCGCGUCGCCCCCGAGGCCCGCCGGCGUGAUCGAUGGGCAACACGUGCGGCGCCACCCUUAGAUCCCAGUACUUCUCCAGCUUCCGCGGCGCGUCGCAGCGCCGCGACCCGGAGUACGCGCUCGUCGCCACCGCCGCCACCGCCGAUGCCGACUCGCCGGCAGGCAAGCGGCCCUCGCGCCCGGCGCCGGCGGACGCGGCCGCGCCGCCUCCCGCCACCGGCAUGCGCCGGGGCUGCCUGGCCCCCGCGGAGCUGACGGCCAACGUGCUCGGCCAUCCCACCCCGAGCCUGCACGACCACUACCUGCUCGGGCGCAAGCUCGGGCAGGGCCAGUUCGGCACCACCUACCUCUGCACCGACCGCGCCACGGGGGCGGACUACGCCUGCAAGUCCAUCGGCAAGCGCAAGCUCAUCACCAGGGAGGACGUCGAGGACGUGCGCCGCGAGAUCCAGAUCAUGCACCACCUCGCCGGACACCAGAACGUCGUCGCCAUCAAGGGCGCCUACGAGGACCAGGUAUACGUCCACAUUGUCAUGGAGCUCUGUGCGGGCGGCGAGCUGUUCGACCGGAUCAUACAGCGCGGGCAUUACAGCGAGCGCAAGGCUGCCGACCUCACGCGCAUCGUUGUCGGAGUUGUCGAGGCCUGCCACUCCCUCGGGGUCAUGCACAGGGAUCUCAAGCCUGAGAACUUCCUGCUGGCGAACAAGGAUGACGACAUGUCGCUCAAGGCCAUCGAUUUUGGCCUUUCCGUCUUCUUUAAGCCUGGUCAAGUUUUCACUGAUGUUGUUGGAAGUCCUUACUACGUUGCCCCUGAGGUGCUGCGCAAACGUUAUGGGCCAGAAGCUGAUGUAUGGACUGCUGGUGUAAUUCUUUACAUACUGCUGAGCGGUGUACCACCAUUUUGGGCAGAGACACAGCAAGGAAUUUUCGAUGCAGUGUUAAAAGGCGAAAUUGAUUUUGAUUGUGAUCCCUGGUCUGUGAUUUCUGACAGUGCAAAGGAUCUUAUAACAAGAAUGUUGAAUCCUCACCCAGCAGAACGUCUAACAGCACACCAAGUUUUAUGUCACCCUUGGAUUUGUGAUCAUGGAGUUGCUCCUGAUCGGCCACUGGAUCCAGCUGUCCUUUCUCGCAUUAAGCAGUUCUCAGCAAUGAAUAAGUUGAAGAGGAUGGCUUUGCGAGUAAUUGCUGAGAGCCUUUCAGAGGAGGAGAUUGCAGGAUUAAAAGAAAUGUUUGAGGCAAUGGACACCGACCACAGCGGUGCAAUUACAUACGAUGAGCUGAAAGAAGGCAUGAGAAAAUAUGGUUCAACACUAAAAGAUACUGAGAUUCGUGAUCUUAUGGAAGCGGCGGAUGUGGACAACAGUGGAACCAUUGAUUAUAUAGAAUUUAUUGCUGCUACAUUGCAUCUCAAUAAGCUAGAGCGCGAGGAACAUCUAGUGGCGGCCUUUUCUUAUUUUGACAAGGAUGGUAGUGGUUACAUUACAGUGGAUGAACUCCAGCAAGCUUGCAAAGAGCAUAACAUGCCAGAUGCUUUUCUUGAUGAUGUCAUAAUAGAAGCUGACCAGGAUAAUGAUGGUCGCAUUGAUUAUGGGGAGUUUGUUGCUAUGAUGACAAAGGGCAAUAUGGGGGUUGGGAGAAGAACAAUGAGAAACAGCCUGAAUAUAAGCAUGACUGCCUGAGAUAUUCACCUGACGCACCCUGAACAUCCAUGAAGCACAGUUCGUGGAGCUUUAUUUAGGGCCUGCUUGGAUUAGAGGUAUUUUGUGUGUGUGUGCCCAGGUAUUUAGCUUAGAUUUAAACUAAAUACCGGAGCACACACAAAGUCCAUUACAAAUCUCCCUGCUAACGGACGCUGCCUGCAAUUUUUGUGCGCUAUCAGUUGUACAUGUGGGUAUGUGUUUCAGGGGAUUCUAAUCGCUGUUCUUGUGUUCUAACUCGCGUUACUUUGUCGAUGAAAUGUGAGGGGGGAAUCUCCCAUGUCAAGGCGCUGUGGCUUGCAGAUGUUCA